AUGAGAAAUGACAAUUCCCCUGUUAAUUAAUAAACUAAGGGUAAUCUAAGUUAUCAGAAUUAAUCCCCAAGAAAACAACAUACACCUUAAGAUACAAUGUCAUAGAUUUUAUAAUUCAAUCCUUAAUUGUCAAAUCAAAAAUCCACUUCACCACAUAGACCAAAAGAUUAACCAAAAGAAAGCUUCUAUUUUGUUUAGGAUGAUGGCUAAAGAUAAUAAGAAACAUAGCUUAAGUUUAAUAAAGUUAAGAAUAAUUACCAUAUUACUAAGCAGUUAACAAAUAGAAAUGAUAAAUAGAGAAAGUUAGUUGAUCUAUCAAGUAAUGUAUUUGAGAAUAAUCAAAAUAUUGAUGUAAUUCCUAAAUCUCCUGAAAAUUAAUAAUUAAUUAAUACAUCAGUUUAAUGGACAAAUGUGCAUUAUGGUAAAGUACUCACAUCUGUUAAUGAGAAAGCAGAAUUCGGAAAAGAUUAUGCAAAACAAAGAAAACAUCAAGACUUACAAUAAUAAUAUCAAGAGGGGACACAACAUAAAAGUCCUUAAAAAAUAAUAGAGAAUGAGAUAAAUAUUUAGUCUAAGAAAUAAAAUUAAUAAUUCUCUGAUAUUUUUGGAUAAGAAUUAGGAAAUAAAGAAAGAAAGUGGUUAAGACCAUAGCGUAGUCUUUCGCCUUAAAUAAAAUGGACUACAUUUGAUAGUACUAGAGAUUACAAAGAUUUUGGUGAUAUGAGUAUUAAAGUAUAAUACUAUAUUACAAUAUAUAGGAAUCUAAAUUACGUAAUAUAAAUACUGAUAAUCAAAAAGAUAAUCAGAAAGACACUCAUAAAUUAAAUCAUCCUUUGACUUCACCAUUUUUCGAUGUAAAAUAUAUUAUAGUAAUAUUGAUAGUGUUAAAUAUCUUAUGAAAAGAUUAAAGGUUAAUAUAAAUAAUAGAAUUAAUUCAAAAAUAUAGAGAAUGGAUCUUAAAAGAAAUUUGGACAAGAAAAAAAGAUUGAAUAAAGUAGUAGUAAUAAAAAGUAUGAAGGGAUUUACUCAUGGAAAAAUAACUAUUAAAAAUGAAAUUAUUUAUUUAUUUUUUUUUGUAAUGUAAUAAUUAAAGAAUAAUUACAUUGAAUAUCUAAAAGAUGGAAUUUAGAUGAAUAAAGUAGAAAUGUAGGAUUAUGGUGGAAUGUUUGGAAUUUAAGCUAUUGAUAAUAUUCAAUCAGGAGAAUUUCUUAUUAAAGUUUCCCAUAAUUAUGCAAUAAGUGCAUUCACAGUAUUCUAAAAUGAAUAAUGUGUAGAUAUUAUGAAAAAGAAUCCUCAUAUAUAUCCAUCAUUACAAUAAAUUAGUAAUAAAAAAAGUGAUUUUCAAACAUUAAUUCUUUAUUUGACAACAUAAAGACAUGGAAAAUUAAAGUCAAUAUUUGAUCUUUCAACUAAUCCUACUUGUUUGCUUGAUUGUGAUUAACCAAUACCAUUUGAUUAUUUAAGAGAAUUAAAACAUGAAUUUGAAGAAGAAUAUAAAGCAGCCAAAGAUGAAGUAAUGGAAAUAGGAUUAAAUGCUGAUGAUUAUGAUUGGGCUUAUAGAUAUUGUAUGAAUAGAAGACUAAGUGUUAAUAAUGAUUAUCCUUUCUCAUUUUUAGUACCUAUGAUAGAUAUGAUUAAUCAUGGUAAGAAUAAAGCUAUCUUUGGCUUGGAAUAAGAAAAUUAUUAACCAGAAGAAUACAUUUAAAAUAAUUAUAUGAAAUUUAAAUACAUUUCUUAAAAUAAGUAUUGGUUUAGUCAGGAAGAUUAAGAAAUAAUAGGGAGUCUAAAAGUAAAUGAAAGUGAAAGAUGUUCUAAAAUAUUGAAUAAAUUAUUGGAAAAAUUAUUUUAAGAAUUACUUAGAACAGGAUCAUCAGAUAUAUGGAUUACAAAAUUGAUGAUACCAGAUGAUUCAGAAGAUGAAGAUGAACCUACUACUUAAUAAAGCAAUCAUUAAUCUCAAUAAUUAGAUAAUAAAGAUUCAAAAGUCUAAGCUGCAGUAAAUGAUGAUUAUCUUAGAGAUUACUAUGAAUAAUCUUUGGAUUAAAGUGAACAUGAUUGGUACACAGAUAUACAACGAUAAACUCUCAAAUGUCCAGCAUAUCUUACUGCAAGAGCAGUGGAUGAUAUAGAAAAAGGAGAGUAGGUCUUAAAUUUAUAUGGAUGUUUGGGUAAUGAACAUUUAUUGAUGUAUUAUGGAUUUGCACUCAAUAAAAAUAAAUACGACAGAGUUAAAUUCAGAAUAUUUAUGGAUUGCAGUACAAAGUAUGAUUUUCUUACAAAUAUUGAAAAAUUGGUUUAAUUACAUUAUGUUCCCUAUAAAGAACUAUUAAAUUUAAAUACUAGAGGAAUUAGUCUUAAUUAAUUAACCUCUGAAUUUAAAAUAAAGAAAAGCUAAUUCAAUUUAGAUUUAAUUAAAUUCCUUAGAACUUAUUUACAAUUAUUAGAUGGAGAUGAAUUAAUUAAUCAUGAGACUAUUAUAGUUCUGUAUAGAAGAAUUAUUAAUUCUUUAUAUAAAAAGAUUUCAUCACCUAUUAUUACAAGAGAUUCAUAUUGGGGAGAACAACUAUAUAAUUAUUAAAAUUCAAAAGCAAGAAUCUUAAAAGCUCACUUAGAAAUGAUAGAUAAUCUGACAACUAAACCAGAAAAGAUGGAUAUCAAAGUGUUUAUGAGAUUAAGAGCAUAUUUACUUAAAUAAAACUGA